CCUCGAGGAAUCCCCUGCCACUCAGCGUGAGAGGCUCCAGAAGUUUCUAUCCCCAUUCACCAUCAAUGUUAUUGAACAUAUGUAACAUGUUGUAAUGAAUUCGAGGGGAAGCAAUAGAGACCUCCAACUCUCAAAACGUGAAACCUACAGGGCAUCACCAAACAGGACACAGGGAAACACAGCGACAGGCCGGAGAGACAGCGACAGGCAGGAGAAACAGCAACAGGCAGGAGAGACAGGAAGAAGAGGCAUCAAAUAGAAUUUACGUAAUUAUGGAAAGACUUCCAAUUACACCCCCAGGUUUGGAGUAUCUGGUUCAGGUCAGCCAGUUUCAUGUUAAUCAGACACAAACCAGCUUGUGGGAGUCUCACUGUAUCUAUGAUGUUAUCAGCCCUGAUGGGCUCCUCGUUUAUGGAGGAAUACAGCAUCGGGAAUUCUGCGGACCCACGAUGGAUGUCAGGAUCCAUAAUACCCAGGGACACAAUGUACUAAACCUUCUUCUGCCAUCUGAUUUCUGCAGCUGGGACACCACAUUGCAGAUCUCAGAUUCCUCAGGUAAUCUCCUCGGCUACAUAGAGAAGAACUUGGCAAGUUUUACUACAUCCUUCAACAUCCUGAACCCGUUUCAUCAGAUCUGCCUCAAAGUAAAAGGCCCAGGAUGGGGAGAAGAUUUUAUGUCUGACGCCAACUAUCAGGUUGUGUCAGCCGAUAAAUCGGUCUCUGUGGGGUUAAUCACACGCGUGUGGCGGGGAUUCAGUAAGGAAGUAUUCAACCCCACCGAUAACUACGUUGUCCAAUUCCCACAUGACCUGGAUGUGACUAUGAAAGCCAUGCUGCUGGCCUGCACCAUGUUUAUUGAUCUCCUGCUGCAUGAGGAGAGAAGAAAGAGAAGAAACAACUGAGACACACUCCGGUCUGGACCUCCAGUCGGGGCGAGCGAGAAGACUCUACGCUAUGGGAGGAGUUACACAUAUUCUGUGCUUCAUACUGUUAAUAAAGUGCAAUUGCGGCAUCCAGUCUCAGUACGUGGAGGGAGAAAUUACCUGUAAUAAUACAGUGCUGUUAGUAAAUCGCAGGAUUCAGUAUUUUCUAUACAGGAGAGAAACAUGAUAAUCAAUUUCCCUGCAUAGAAAGUGCUGUGUCCAUAUUCUAUUACUGAGACACAUGGAUUUGUCUGUCCAUCUCCGGCCCUCAAUGAAGGGUAACAUGAUACAUAUACACCUAUCACCCAUCCACAUCAAUACUCCAUAGAGCCAUUAGGAUGAGACGGCGCCAGUGCUUUGCAAACAUUUUUGGGGUAAUUCUGAGUAGGGAGGAAAAAGAAAGGCAAAUAACUGUGCACCUGGGCAAGUGUGGGGGGUGGGAGGAAUACAUUUGCUAAGUUUGCCUGCGGGGUUGAUGUCACCCAUUUUUGUAUAUAGCCCACCCACGCUGGCAGCUUUAUUUGUACACUGAAAUUUAGAGUUGAGCUCGGACGCAACCCUUUGGGUUUGCCCCGGUGCAAAGAAAGUCCUUUUUUUGUGGGUAGGGUUUGCUACCAACUCUGAAUGGGAUGCAGCGAAUCCCGUCACUCGAAAUACCGAUUCAGGAAUCCUGACACCGGAAUUCCAUCAGGGUCAUAAGACGUAAAUGAUAAUGCCCCGUUACUCAGUACUCGGUUGAGUGAAGAAGUAGUCCGUGAGCGACUAAACAAAAUUAAGACUAAUAAAUCUCCUGGUCCAGAUGGUUUUCACCCUAGGAUUUUAAUGGAGCUAAGCUCAGAAGUAGCAAGGCCUCUAUACUUAAUCUUCAGUGAUUCAAUUAUACCUGGAUUAGUAGCGAGGGGCUGGAUAAUUGCAGAUGUAGUGCCGUUAUUUAUAAGGGGAAGCAAAACUCAUCCAGGAAAUUAUAGGCUGGUAAAUUUUAAAUCUAUAGUAGGGAAAAUAUUAGAAACUAUGGGGCAGAUGUAUUAACCUGGAG